GUGUGUGUCCUGCUGUCCCUCAGCAGAAGCAUCAAUCAACAUGAUCCCCAUUGUGCUGGCCUCAGUGCUCAUCGCUAGCGCCCUUGGGUGCGGCACCCCAUCCAUUGAGCCCAUGAAUUCCCGUGUGGUCAAUGGAGUCGAUGCCAAGCCCCACAGCUGGCCCUGGCAGAUCUCCCUGCAGUAUGAGAGGGACGGUCAAUGGAGGCACACGUGUGGGGGAUCUCUGAUUGCUGCCAACUGGGUCAUGACAGCUGCACACUGCAUCAACACCAAGCUCUCCUACAGGGUGUUUGUGGGCAAACACAACCUGUUGGAGGAGGAGCCUGCCUCUCAGGCCAUCCUGCCUGAGAAGAUGAUUGUCCAUGAGAAAUGGAACUCCAUCUUCGUGGCCCUCGGAAACGACAUUGCUCUGAUCAAGCUGUCAGAGCCUGUGACUUUGAGUAACCAGGUGCAGCUGGCAUGUAUCCCUGCUGCCGGCACUCUUCUCCCCAACCUGUACCCCUGCUACAUCACCGGAUGGGGCAGGCUGUACACUGGAGGCCCCAUCGCUGAUAAGCUGCAGCAGGCUCUGAUGCCUGUGGCUGAUCAUGCCACCUGCUCCCAGCCUGACUGGUGGGGUUUUGCUGUCAGGGACAGCAUGGUGUGUGCCGGCGGGGAUGGAAUCGUGGGUGGAUGCAACGGAGACUCUGGCGGCCCCCUUAACUGCAAGAACAGCCAGGGAGCCUGGGAAGUCCACGGCAUUGCCAGCUUCGUCUCCGGCCUUGGCUGCAACUACGUGAAGAAACCCACUGUCUUCACCCGUGUCUCUGCUUUCAACGACUGGAUCGACAUGGUUAUGAUGAACAACUAAAGAAGAUGAAGUCUCAAUAAAAAUAAGACCCAGAAAACUGUAUUUUCAUUGUGUCUCAAUACCCACCAGAUUACAGCAAACCCACAUGUGAUGAACUACAUCCAGAUGCACAGUAAAUGAACAAUGGGCUUUAUUUAAGUCACAUGACA